AUGCUGCAGGCGUACUGGACGAUCGCACUCGAUCCCAAGGCACCGUACACCGUGCACGCCGAGCGCCACGUUUUCUUUUGGCCGCUCUGCAGCGCAAGUCUCCAGGCGCCGCGCUACUGCUGCCUCCGCUUCCAUCGCGCCUACGUCUUCUUUGCCACGUUCCUCCUCCAGUUUGCGACCGGCUCCAUUUACGCCAUUUACUCGGUGUCGGGCCCCAUCAAUGUCUACUUUGGCUUUCCAGAGGACAGUGACAACGCCACCAAUGCCGUCGUCACCUCGGGCAUCCUUGGUAUCCUCGCGCAAGCGUUCCUCGGGCCGCUCGUCGAGGGCAAGGGGCCGCGCACAAGCCUUGGUGUCAGCACCGGCAUUAUGGCCGUUGGGCUCUUGACGGCACAGAUCGCGACCGUGCUUCGCAUAUGGACCCUCCUUCACGUCGGCGUCGUGUUCGUCGCCGUAGCGUUUGGAGCGAUCAUGCUCGCAUCCAUUUCGACCGCACUCAAGUGGGCACCGGAUGCUCGCGGUACCGUGACCGGCAUUUGCCUCUUG